ACAGUAGCAGAAGAAGUAGAGUCAGUCGACAGAAACAGAAGAAGAAAAAGACGAAGAGACGCGGGAACAUAAAUGAUAAUAGGCCCUAUUAUGAAAUGGCACUAACGUCACCCGAGACAGGAGUUUUGGAUAAAACACGAAGUCCCCCUGUGAAAGUACUUUCUGGACAGCUUCGAGAUGGUAAAAUUCGUAUUGGUUCAAAUGGAAAGUCCGAAUUCAGUAUAAAGAGAGUUGGUCAAGGGAAGGAAAACUCCCUCGUAGUAUCUAUCGUAUGGAUGCAAGGGACUGUGGUCGAAGUUCAGCCAGAUCGCAACACAAUUGUUCUCUUGGACGAGACUGGUAACUUUGUUGUUGGUGGUGUUAAUAACAUACCUAAGGGAAAGCCAUGUUUAAUUCACGGUAAAUAUGUCAUGGUCAUGGGUCAAGUCCAAACGCAUAGCCCAGAACCUGUGCUUCGGGCAGUAAAAAUGGCCGACCUUUCUGAUAAUUCUUUGAUUCAUAAAAGACUGUGGAAAUAUGAAGUGGAGGACUUGCAGCAAACUUUACCCUGAAAUGUAUCUUGGUUGUCAAGUCGUCUGUUUGCCUUGUACCUUUUUUCAUGUGUGUGCAGUUGUGUUACGCAAACAGUUUAAUAUAUUAUGGCAAGUCAAGGCAAUAAAACAAAGGGGUUUAUAUUCUGGUGCUGUUGGUCAAGAUAUAAAUGGCAACAUUGUUUACAUUGUCAA